CGCGUGGGGAAAGUCCACCAAGUGGGUUCGGUUGCUGUGGAUUUCUCCAUGUUUGGAGGCGACUUCCUGUUGCGAGAAGAGAGUCUGUGGGAGCAGUAAAGCUGCUGCUUGGGGUCAGAGAGGGUUGUGCUGGACUGGGCAGGGCAGGACUCCUGCCCAGGGUCUGGAUUAUCGCUGUACCCGGCCGGGAAACUGGUUUAUAAUGUGGCGGAGUAGUGGCCCGGCAUCGAGCCUGCUGCUUUCCUGUGCUGUCAGCCUCUGCUGCUGGCAUUCACUCCACGGACGUGGGCUUUCUAAAAUUUCGCCUCCUGUGAACCUAUCUGUAACAUCUUAUGAUUUCCAUACUGUCUUAAAAUGGGAUGUCGUUGAUACAUCUAGAAACUCGUGGUUUAAUGUUGAAAUCAAAAAUUACAGCAUUUCACAUUGGAGACCUUUCUUGCCUUGUUUAAAUGUUUCAACACACCAUUGUGAUCUCAGUGAUGGUUUCGUACCCGAUGAUGAUACUCUGGGCUAUUAUGCCAGAGUUAAUAUGGUUACAGAAUCACAGAAGUCAGACUUUGUUUCCACUAAUCGUUUCAUAUUUAAAUUAAAUGCCACUUUAGGUCCGCCUGAUGUAAAGCUUAGAGCUGAUAACAAUCAUAUAAUUGUGGAAGUAAAUUAUACUCUUCCCAACUCCAUAGUAAAAAGGAACGCAAAGAUUUUGAAAACAUUAUUGUACAAUAUUUGGUACUGGCAUCCUGAAAAACCAAAACUGGUAGAUAGCAUUUGCAACAGCAAGAAGACACUACACCAAAUUCAAAUACCAACUGGAGUUACUUGUGUAUCUGCAGAAGUAUAUCUGCAAGACUUAAACCUGAAAGGAAAUAGAUCUCAAGAAACAUGUUUGCAAAUUCAUCCAAUCAAUGUGUCAGAUUCAAUGAAUUUGCCUUGGUCGCCAACCCUAAGGAAUCAGAGCCACACCAUUGCUCAGAAUGAGGAGCUGAAUUGCCCUUUGGCAGAAGAAGAUGAAGAGUUUGAGGGCAACCUGACUACUGAGAAUUAUGCAUAUGAUGAAGACAAUGAAGAUGACAAUUACCAGGAUUCCCAGGAUAGUGAGGAGCACCACAGUGAGACGUAUCCAGUGGAGGAUGUGAAUCCAGUCCUUCCAUUUGUUAUUUCAGUCGUAACUAUUCUUGCCAUUGUCAUCGUUAUAAUUGCAACACUGUUCAUCUGUCACUUUGCUAAGAAGAAGCAAGUAUUGCCCAAGGUUUUGGUUCACCGCAUUAUGGGUGAGAGGGGGAAAGCAUACAUGGAUGUGAACAUGGAAUCUGACGAAAGUAAAUUAAGUGAGCUGAAAGGAUUGGAGGACGCUAUUACUAUUCCUGAAGUUGACCAGUGUGAUGAGACACAAGAGGAUUUGACCAAACCUCCUUCAGACAUCUUUGUUGACCAAGUUAAUACUGAUGUGAAUGACAGUGAACCAGUAAAUGCUGACUUGGAUGAUCCAUAUGCAGCUAAAAUUCAUAUCAAUGGCAUAGACCAAAGAUGUCAUAAUCAGGACAGUGUUGAAGUAGACGACGAUGUUCUGGAGAAAACUUAUGACUUGUGUAAGACUAAUUCUGAGCCUGUGAAACAAAUCUGUGCAGAUAAUUGGGGUUAUGACAAACCUCAAGUACUGUUUGCACUUUGAAUAAUCGCACAAAUUCACCAAACUUGUGAUGGAGCAAAGCACUGGUGUAUUGUCACUUGAUGAUACUAAGCAUUCUUCUUGUGAACACAGUGGACAUGAGUUUCUUGCAAGAAAAAUGUGAGAUUGGGCCACAACAGUUCCAGCCUGAUUGUUCAAAAUUACCUAUGACAAAUACUUUAAACCGUGCUAUUCCUGUGUCACUGAUGACCUAGACCUUGAGUUAGAGGGUACAAUUCAAAAAUUGCUGAUUGUACAAAACUUGAAAACAUUUUCAACCAUGAAGAAGAUAAUGUAGAACUUCAAAAGAAUGUUGAUAACUUGGAAGAGUUGCAAAUAUUUCAAUAUUGAGAAAUAUGAGGUGAUGCAUUUUGAUGGGAAAAACAUGGAGAGACAAUAUAAAACAAAGGAUCUGACUCUCCUAAAGGAGGUAAAGGAGCCGAAUGUCAUGGAUGUAUUAAUUAAAAGAUGACAGUUUGAUGAGAAAAUGGUUAAUAAAUGUACUAUAUCCUAGGGUUUGUUAACAGGUGCAUAGGAUACAAGGGCAAAUAGAUAAUUUUGAACUUGUAUAAGGUAUUAGUUUAGCCUCAGCUGGAGUAUUGCAUCUAGUUCUGAGUGCUAAAUUUCAGGAAGAAUAUGACGGCAGUGGAGAAGAGUGAUUCCAGGGAUGAGGGACUUAGUUAUUAAUUCAGUUUGGAAAGGUUGGAACUGUAUUCCCUUGGAAAGAGAAGACUGAGGGGAGAUCCGACAGCUGUGAGGACGUCUGGUGAUGGUGUUCAAAAUUGUGAGGUCUAGGAAAUAGAUGGGGGAUUGUCCCUCUUGUAAAAGGAUCAAGAAUGAAAUGCCACAAUGUUAAAAUAAUUAGCUAAGGAACCAGAAGUGAUAUCAGGAACAAAAGCUUUUUCACUUCAUUAAUGGCUAGGAUCCAGAGUGGCACUUUCUGAGAGUACAGCAAAGUUAGGUUCAAUGGCUGCAUUCAGAAGGGAAUCAGAAUGUUAUUUAAAAGAAAUAAGCACAUGCUUAUGGGGAGAGGUCUGAAGAAUAGCACUAAAUGAAAUUUUCAUUCUGAGAGCUGCAGUAGAUACCAGCUGAACGCCUUUCUCUGUCAGUGUAAUAAUUCUGUGUAUUCUAACCUGGUGUGCAAUAAUGAUUACUGAAACAGUCAAAAUAACAUUAAUAUAUUAAAGGCAAUGCAUUUGCAGGAGCUGGAAAUAAUUGAAUACUCGGUUCUGUGAUUAUGAAAUAACAUUUUACUGUUUACUGUGGGGGAGCAGGGAAUGAUUUGAGUUAAUAAUGCUGUCGUUGACUUUGUGAUCAUGAUCUCACUUCAGAGCCAGAGUUUUGUACUCAACUCACCUUAAAAAUCUAAACUGACACCUGAAUAUAGUAUUGAAGGAAUACUGUACUAUUCGAGGCAUGUUUUUCAGAUGAACCAUUGGAGUAUAAAUUCAUGUUGGAAUAUGAGCAAAGAAUGGAUGAUUGCCAAUUAGCAGCAUUUUCUGAAGAAGGGUCUAGACCCGAAAUGUCAGCUUUCCUGCUCCUCUGAUGCUGCUUAGCCCGCUGUGUUUAUCUAGCUCUACACCUUGUUGUCUCACCAACCUGUCCUGGUCAGUUUAACACAAUAAAAUUGUUUGUUGUUCAAAAUGCAGUGACUGACGAGUUCCCAGGAUAGCUUGACAUCCCAUUAAACUAGGCCUUCUCUGUUGUGUCAGCAGGGCAUGAAAGAUCACAUUACUUUUUCCAAAGAAACGUAUCAAUGUUCUCCUAGCUAACACUUAUCUCCUAGACUGCUGGAAACUUAAAAUUUGAAGAAAAUGCUGGAAAUAUUCAGCCACUCCGACCGCACCUGUGGGGAAAAAAGCAUUUAACAUUUCAGGAUCACUGACCUUUUAUCAUUUUUGCAGCAGGUCCUUGUUUGUUAACCCAGGAAUAAUUAUGUUCAUCUGCAUUCGCUUCCAAGUUUAACAGCUUGUUUCCUAUAAGGUUCACUGUCCAAAACUGAACACAGUACCCUGUGUCACGUCUGAUCAAGGCUCUGAAUAACUUAUUAACCUAACUUUUGAACUGCAAUCCCCUUGAGAAGACACAAGAUGUGAUAGGUUAUUUAUGUUCUGAUAGUGAAUCAGAAUACUGUUUGGCAUUGGAAUUUUAAGCAUUAUCUCAGAGACACUGAAUUCAAGGAAUAUUUUGGGAAGUUUUAUUCUAUAAUUGAGAUGUUAUAAAAAGGAUGCUACAUUUCAUUCAGGCAUGAUAUUAAGUCUCAAAUCAAAAUUCCAGUUUUGUAUUUUGGUGGUGCCCUCUAUCUCAGUAUCCAUUUGUACACUAAGGUAAUGAAUUCCACAAAUUCCCUUUUGAGAGAAGUAAUUCCUCCUCAACUGUUUUAAAUCUGCUACCCCUCAUCCUAAAUCUAUGACCUUUUGUUCUAGAUUUCUACACUAAUUUGUCGGCCCUCUUUCACAUCUUGAGAUCUCAAUUAGAUCUCCUCUCAUUCUUCUAAACUCCGGAGAGUAUAGGCCUAAAUUGCUCAGCCUGCCUUCAUUAGACAAAGUGUGAACUCUGGAAUUAAUCUAAUGAACCGCUUCUGAACUGCCUCCAAAAGAACCAUGUCUCUUCCCAAGUAAGAGGAUCAGUAUUGUAUUCAGUUCUCCAGGUAGGUCUGAUUAAUGCCUUGUACAUUUGCAGCGAGACAUUCUAACGUUUCUACUCUAUUCCUUUAGAAUUAAAUGCCAGAAUUCUAUUUACCUUCUUUAUUACCUGAUUGUAUACUUCUAUUCUGAAAUAGGGCUACUUUCCCAAACAUGUUACUCACAUAGUCAUCUGUGUCACAGACAUACAACACUGACUCAAGGCAUCACUCGAGAUCUAUAACCCACAGCUGAAACUUCUGCAGCUGGUGUCACUUCCUGCAUAUGUUUGUCUGGGUUACUGUGCGUGUUCACUACAUUACACAGACUGCAGGAUGUACAUUCCACUGGGUUGACCUGACCUGCCAUCCAAUAACUUUAAAAGAAAUAUUUUAUUAUUAUUACUAGAAACCUAUGAGUACAGAUAGCCCCCAGAUUGUAAACUGGUUGCAUUCUGGUGUCUGUUCAAAAGUUGAUAUGUACACAAUUUGGAACACAAUGCAGGACAAUGAAAAGGAACUGUUUGUAGAUACAAGAAAUGUUUAGAUCUUUAAAUUUAUACCCCUCAUGAGGUUGUGUUUUUAAGUAUGGGCAUUGAUAAGUCAGACAUUCAUAAAUCGGGGACCCCUGAUUUUGCCAAUAAGUUUCUUCUGCUGUAUCAAAGUAAGACCCAAUUACAGGAGGUAAGUCCUAGGGGAGAUGACCCUUUUGUACUGAUUUUGGUAUCAGACUGCUCCCCUCCAUAUGUGUCACAUCACCCACUUCUAAAUAUAGAGAAACCUCAUGCACAUAAAGAAAGAAAAAUCCAUUGAAAGCAAACAAUUAUGACAUUGUGAGUUAAAAACGUACAACUACUCAGCCUGAAAUUUGUGUUGAAUUGUUGAAAUUAAUGCUAAUAAUGACAGAACAAUCAGUUAAAUAAAGUAAUUAAAUGGUUGCCAUUUAUGUUUCAGCAAGUUAAAAGACAGUUUUGAUUUAGCAUGAGCUCAUCAUAGCAUGCCUCAUCAACAAAAGCAGCACCAGGACCUCCUAAUUUAUGGAACUAUGCAAGAGACAUGCUAGCCUGUCAUGUUUUGAAAUCAAAUUUUGAUUUAAAUAGAUUAGCUGUCCAUUUCUUUAGUGUUAUCUGUGAUCGGUGCCCUGAUAUAUACCGAACUAAAAAGGUGAGCAGCUCGAUCCAGCCUGUCCCCACACUCCUGAUGCCUGAAACUAGAUACCAUUGUGCACAACGUAGCAUGUAGCACAAACUUUACAAUUUUAAAGUUUAAUUUGUUUGUGUAUUAAUACUGAAGAUUGACCUCAAUUAUGAAUUGAAUAUUGUUCCAACCAAUAUUUACAAUAAAAUCUGAAAGUUACAGUUCCAAACUUUA